CAUUUAACCCCAAUUGCCUCACUAAAAAAAAAAAGAAAGAAAGAAAAGCCCUCUCCCUGGUGACUAGGAUCAUAAUCUCUUUUGGUGGAACCAGCACUCACACCCAUGAAAUCAAUAUUCUUGAAGUGGAUGGGACUUUAAGGUUUACAAAUAUAAACAUCUGUGCAGAAGUGCGGUUGUUAGUAUAAGAGGUAAACCAGUUAUUCCCUUUUUAGCUAGUUCCUCCAUCUUCCAAAUGUGGGUUGCAUCAUCCCCCCCACCUCCAAUUCUUUCUUUAGUUGGCUUAGGGGGCAUGAUUUUUCCUUAAUCUACUCCAUCUCUUACUCAAGAGUGAGAAAGGCCCUUUGAAUUAAAUGGGAAAGGCUAAUGGUUUCUGAGGGAAACCUACUUCUCCCUUGUUCUCUUCCUAUCUGACUGCUUCCUCUCAGUUUCCUUUGUGGAAUUGUGGAUAUCCCCUAGGGUUCUGUCUUGGGUCAUCUUCUACCUUUAUACUAUUUCCUUUGAUAAUUUCAUCAGCUUCCAUGGAUUCAAUUAUCAUCUCUAUGUAUUUGAUAUCAUUUAUUUGACCAGUCCUCACCUUUCUCCUAACCUCUAUUCUUACAUUUCUUGAUACCCUAUUGAACAUCUUGAACUAGAUGUCCCACAGACAUAUUAAACUUAUUAUCUUAUUUUCCCAAAGCUUCCUAUAUUUUUUCUAUUAAUGUCAAGGGCACCACCAUUCUCAAAGUCACCCUGGUUAGAAAUUAAUUUCUCAUUCUGUCACCUCGUUCAUUCACUUUUCAUCUAGUCUGUUGCCAAAUCCUGAUUCUAACCCCAACUUCUCUUAUAUGUGUUCUUCUUUUUUCCCUCACUGCCACCUCUCUCAUCAUUUCACAGCCAGAUUAUUGCAAUAACCUUCUAUUUGGUCUCCUUAAAUGAAGUCUCUCCUCAUUCCAGUCCAUUCUCCACUCAAAGAAGUCAAACGGAUCUUUCUCAAGUGCAGAUUUGACCAGGUCCAGAAUGAACCCCAGUGACUUCUCCAGGAUCAAAUAUAAAAUCUUGCUGUUCCCAACACAGAAAACUCCAUCUCCCACAUUUUACUGGUUGUUCCUCAGGCGGUCCCCUCCUCAUUUUUGUCCUUUUUUCUUCAAGUGCCAGCUAAAACCCCACCUUUUUAUAAGAAGCCUUUCCUGAUGUUCCUUAAUGUUUGUGUCUUCCUUCUGUGGUUAUCUCUGAUUUAUCCUGUAUAUAUCUUGUUUGUACAUAAUCUCUCCACUAGUCCACCAUGUAUUUCCCUAAAGUCCCUUUGCCUUUUUUUUUUUAAUAUCCCCAGCGCCUAGCACAGUGCCUGACACAAAGUAAACGCUUGAUGAAUGCUUUAACCAUUAAUUCAUUUGUCAGUUGCUUCCGACUGUCCCAUUCCGGCUGUUCAAAGUGGAGGCAGCCCCAUCACAAUUACUGCCAGUAGUUGUUCAGUUUCUCAGCUCCUAAACUCGCAUGACAAGGUGCCUGCUGGAGUUCCUUUCUCUUUUUCUUGACUUCCACUGAAAUUUCCUGCCCAGUGUCUGUUCUGUCUUCUCCCUCUAAACACCAGUACCGUCUGCAUUCUCUCUCAAAACUGGAGGCAGCCAGUAGAACCUGCCAGCUCAGGUGGCCCCGGCCCCGCCCUAUCCAGAGCUUGAAAUACAUUAGUCUCUCCCCACACCGGGGAGAAACAUCACUGGACUACAUUUCCCAGAAGCCCUCACAGCUAGUCCAGCAUCACACACCUCUAGCUUGCAGAGGUCCGAUCCAAAGCCUGGCGCUUUCCUCACGACCCUGCAAAUUAUUUCUCUAUUUCACGGGGUAAAGUGGGGGGGGGGGAACAAGAGGCUUCAAAAUGUUAACGGAUCACACAGUCAAAUGCCAACACUAGAAUUUCAACCAGGUUUUCAUUAGCCCACUGCUCUUCCCACUACAUCGAUUAUAGCAGAAGAACCAAGCCUGGCGAUCAAGCCGGCUCUCAUCCCCAUUUCCCACGAACCCAGGGCUUUUGGAAGAGGCUGACCAGUGAUGAAAUGUUGGGCUGCGCUGUGUUUUUUCAUCCGUCUAAAGACCGGCGCUUUCCCCGCAGGUUCCUAGGAGGGCGGCAGGAACGUCGGGGAAGGCUGGGCAUGGGCGCCCCCUGCUGCCACCAAUCAGCCUUUGUUCCGGACUUUUGCCAAUUUGACGCUCCGCUUCCAGGCUCCUGUCACAACUUCCGGUCCUUGAAGGUCCCUAUUCCGGAAAGGGCCCUCGAGAUUGGUAGGUGGCUAAGGCUAACGCCUGAAGAUCGCGUGACCCUGGAGUCAAGGUACUCGUCCUCCCUUUUGGACCUGCUUAUGGAGAAUGAAGCGGGGGAAAGACUCUGACAGCCGUUCUGGGUUUAACCAAGGGUAGGCAUAGCUCAGGAAGCUCGGGAGGCGGUCUCGGCCCCUUGGGAUCAGGCACGAGCCGGGGCAGCUGCAUUUGCGGAAGUGCUGAGGGUGGACCGGAGGACCGUCGAGGAAGCGGCGGCCGCUGGGUCGAGGAGGGGGCAGUAUUUGUCGCUGCUGCCGCCGCCGCCUCUGCUGCCUUUAUCGCGUCUUACCUGGAGCGGACCCGGUCGCGGCAAGAUGCCCUUGUUCACGCCUAAUCCUUUCGAACAGGAUGUUGUCAUUUCUGGGAGUUUGGAAGAGGGAAAUCUUUCCUACUCUGCCUCUGGAUUGAGCUUUCCCUCAUAGCAGAGAUAAUUAUGCAAACAUACUCAAAAACAAUGACAGCAUCUGACAAUGUAGAAAAUACCCUCCUGUAUGGGGAGGAAGGAGAAAAGGCUACAAACGAAUAUAACACCAGUGAAGACUGGGGACUUAUUAUGGAUAUAUGUGACAAAGUUGGAAGUACUCCUAAUGGAGCAAAAGACUGUCUGAAAGCCAUAAUGAAAAGGGUGAAUCAUAAAGUUCCUCAUGUUGCUUUGCAAGCACUGACUCUUCUUGGAGCCUGUGUAUCAAAUUGUGGAAAAAUAUUUCAUUUAGAAGUAUGUUCUCGUGAUUUUGCAACUGAAGUACGUGGAGUGAUAAAAAAUAAGGCUCAUCCAAAAGUAUGUGAAAAGCUGAAAUCUCUAAUGGUAGAGUGGUCAGAAGAAUUCCAGAAAGACCCACAGUUUAGCCUGAUAUCUGCAACUAUUAAAUCCAUGAAAGAAGAAGGAAUUACUUUUCCUCCAUCAGGAUUACAGACACUUUCAAAUCCUGCCAAGAAUGGUACAUCGUCCAACAAAAGCAAAGAAGAUGAAGAUAUAGCUAAAGCUAUCGAAUUAUCUUUGCAAGAGCAGAAACAACAGCACACAGAAAUGAAGUCCUUAUAUCCAUCUGCAGAAAUUCAGUUGAAUAAUCAUAAGGUUUCCAAAAAAGUCAGAGCAUUGUAUGAUUUUGAAGCAGUUGAGGACAAUGAACUCACCUUUAAAAGUGGUGAAAUUAUUAUCGUCUUGGAUGACAGUGAUGCCAAUUGGUGGAAAGGAGAAAAUCAUAGGGGAGUAGGACUUUUUCCAUCAAAUUUUGUAUCACCUAAUUUAAGCAUGGAAUCUGAGAUAGCAGCUGUGGACAGAACAAAUGUAAUUGAUGAUGAUGAUGAUGCGGAAGAAAUUAGAAAAGCAGAACCUGAACCAGUUCAUAUAGAUGAGGAGAAGAUGGAUAAAGCUCUGCAGAUACUUCAGAGUAUAGAUCCUACAGAUUCAAAGCCAGAUUCCCAAGAUCUGCUGGACUUAGAAGAUGUCUGUCAACAGAUGGGCCCGAUGAUAGAUGACAAACUUGAAGAGAUUGAUAGGAAACAUUCAGAAUUAUCUGAAUUGAAUGUAAAAGUCCUAGAAGCUUUGGAAUUAUACAACAAGUUGGUGAAUGAAGCACCUGUGUAUUCAGUUUACUCAAAGCUUCAUGCUCCAGCACAUUAUCCGCCUACAUCAGCUGGUGUCCCAGUGCAAACAUAUCCUGCCAGCAUCAUGGUGGCAACUACAUGGUUCAGGGCAUUCAUCAAGUCACCAUUCCCCAAGGAUAGUAGUCCCUGGGACCAGAUCACAUGAGCCCUCUGAGAUCUCUGCCUCCAAAUAUAAAUGCCUCAUUAACAACACAACCUGCACACACUCCAUAUUUAAGCACUGGAAUAGAUACAGUUUCCAAUCCCACAUAUAUGAACCAGAACUCUACCCUUCAAUCAGCUACUCUUCCAGCUUCUUACACACAACAGAUGGGAAUGUCUGUGGAUAUGUCAUCUUAUCAGAACACUACUUCCAGUUUGCCUCAAGUAGCAGGCUUUCCUGUGACAGUUCCAGCUCAUUCAGUGGCACAACAGCAAACAAAUUAUCAUCAGCAACCUCUCCUUUAAAAAACAGACCAGGCAUAGUCUUGAAACAUUCAUAAGUACUUGCUCAGCCCUUGUGAUUUGAGUCAUCUAAGAAUGAUAUAAAAAUACAACCAUUUUUCUCUCAACUCAGAAGGACCGUGAGUGAAGCACAAAAAUCUCACUUACCUCCCUACCCCACCCCCACCCCUCGACCAUGAAGCAGUUUUUGAAGUUAAUUACUGUUUUUUUUUCAGAGGUGGCUUAAAAAUAAUUUUGGGUAGUUUACUCUAACUUAAAGAAUUCCAUAUAGAAUUUUUGGACAAGUACUAAGUAGCCUUUUGAACAUUAGCCAGUUUUGUUUUUUCUUUAAAUAUUACCAGUUUUGACAUGCUUUUUUUCAAAAUGUACUUGGGAGGGUACUUUUGUCUAUUUAAAUAAUAUUUUGUCUGUGUAUUGUAUUUUAGCAUUUUCCACAUUCUUGUUUCAAAAUUUGAACAUCUUUUCAUUUAUAGCAGCUACCUUGCCAACAGAUUCCUUUUUGAUUAGUUAAUUUGCAGUUUUGUUUGUGAUACUGAUAAUUUGGCUUUGACUGUACCACUAGCAUCAUUAUCUGUUGAAGCAAACAUGAAUUGGGUGAUGAAAAUUGUUUCACAGUAUGAAGACCAUGUAAAUAGAAAAAUGUGAAAGAAACACUCAGCUAGUUCUAAAAAACAGUCCUGCCAACAGUAGGUUAAAAAGUGCCCCUAAAUCUUAUUUCUCUUCUUAGGGAAAAGCAUUUUAUUUCCUUCUGGGGUCCAUAGAGUGGAGAAUUGUCAUUAAUGGCUCUUUUUGCCCAAUAAGGCCAUUCCCUAGUGAACACCUGACCUAAUUUUGUACCCUCUCUGCCAUAUGGAUUUCUCUUGCGUGUUAAGUGUCUAUAAUUCCUUAAGAGGAGCUUGACAUGGAUUAGAAACUUCUUGAGAGAAAAUCAGGCUCACUAUUAACUAUCUUAGUGUCAAGGGACCCUAAUCAUUUGAUGUGUCGGAUGUUAAGCAUGGCAUGUGCCCUCUGUUUUAUGUGUUUAACCUUUCAAAAUGUGGUUUAAAUAUCAUUGUUGUCACCCCAUUUAAAAUACUGGACAUUACUUUUAACUCAUCAUUCUGAACAUAUGGAGUGAUAGCAUGCAAUGGAUUGAAAAAUAAACUACCAAGACAGUUUUCUGGAAACCUAAAUUUUAGGUGGUUUUAUAGUGUUCAUAGUUCCUAUAGACUAUAGGAGUUGGGUAAUAUUUUUCAAGAAUGUGGAGUUUGUUGUCUCUUCUGAAAAUUUGCACACUACUUCCUCAUUUACCAGCUUCUUCACAUGACAUAAAAUAGAAAAUACACAUAAAUAUUAUUCUGAAUAACUGAUGUUUACAUUGGGAAAAAUAAUGGUUAAUAACUUUAGUAAUAAAACAGUUAUAUGCAUGGAAGCAAGAUUUCUACAUGUGAUUUUUACAUAUAUAAUCCUUUCUACCAAAAAUUAUUUGAUGGCAAUUCACUGAAUUUUUUUGUUGUUAUCUAUCUAGUUAAAGGAAUUAUUUAGUAAUGUGCUCCUUUUUCAAAGUGACUAUAUCCUGGAACAAAAGAGAUCAAUACUUGGUAUACAUUCAGAGGGGGAAAAAGCAAACUAGUAUUUGAAAGCCUACUCCAAAUCAUUGUCUUAUUUUAGGUACACAUAACUGGAAAGAAAUGUUUAGUGUUUGUUGCCCCACAAUCUGAUUUUCAUUCCAUAUUUUCUGUCCAUGUGAAGUUAAAUAUAUGUGUGUAAACAUACACACAUGUAUCCUAAAAUGGCACCUUAUCUUUUUGUUAACAUUUUUUUUCUGUUUAAAAAAAUAAACAGUUUAUUUGAAAAGCUGCUGUUCUUAAUAGUUAAUAUUUGAAAACAUGAAAGAACUUACACUUUUUCCAAACAAUAUUUAAUAAAAGUUAUUUUAAUGUUUAUAUGUAAGUUCUUUAUGUAUGAUUGUGAUUUGGAAUAUCUGAAUAAAGCUUAAUUGAAUAUAGUCUUUGAGCCAGUAUAAAUACUACCCUAUCCAUUAAAUUUGGAUCAUUCAAGUAAGAGUUAAACAAACUAAUGCAGUUUGGGACUAAUUUAGUUCUUUAUAACAUGUGAAAUGUAUAUAAAUAUUGUAUAUGGACAUUUGUCUGUGGGAUUUUAUACAUGUGCAGAUGUAUUUACUUCCUCUUAAAUUAAAAAUAACAAUUUUAUAUUUGGCAUACCAUUUCCUUUCUUAUAAUGUGCAUUGUGUAAUCCACUUAUCCAGAUUGUAGAUAGUGUAAAAAAAGUUAUUAAAUCUAUGUCUUUUCAUUCUGUUUUGGUGUUUAUAGGAGUUAUAGGGAUUUUCCCCCUUCACAGUCUUAUGUAUUGUAUUUAUUUUAAGUCCUGUUCAUAAUUAAAUGUUUGCUGCCAAAGGAAUUGUCUAACUUAAGAUUUCUACAUUAAGUACAUACCUACUGUUUUAUAUCAGGAGUAAAUAAAUCGCUUCUGCUUUUUCAUAUGCAACCUUGUUACAUUAGAAAGAAUUCCUGACACUUUAUAAUAAAAUUAAUUUUAUUAUUAAUGUAUAUAAUUUGUUCCUGGGUAUUAAAAUAAUUAAAAUUGGGUAUGUGUUCUUCCAGUUUGGAUAAUUUGAAACCUACUGAAAUUUUAACUUGGCAGUUUAUAAAAUUACCUAAAUAUCUGUGAUAUUCACAGUUUUGAACCUAAAAUAAUGUUUGUAAGUCAAUUUGUACUUUUUGACCAUUUUAAUUAUACAUAUUUUAGAUAAAACUUCUGGUACUCAGAUAAAGUAUGUAGACUUUUUUUCUGUUUGUUUCAUAGUUUUUGCUUAGUAAGGGACACAAAUUUCAAAAGCUGGCAACUAGGGGAGUAAUUCUUGACCAUGUCAUUAUAGUUGGGAAAGCUUAUUUUUAUAAAUAAUAAAGUAAGCACUAAUCCGCCA